AGCUCUACCAUCCAGACAUGUCCUGCUACAGCCCGUGCGUGCCCUGCCAGCCCUGCGGCCCGACCCCGCUGGCCAACAGCUGCAAUGAGCCCUGUGUCAGGCAGUGCCAGGACUCCAUCGUUGCCAUCCAGCCCUCCCCCGUGGUGGUGACCCUGCCCGGCCCCAUCCUCACCUCCUUCCCGCAGAACACCGCCGUGGGCUCCUCCACCUCCGCUGCCGUUGGCAGCAUCCUCAGCUCCGAGGGAGUGCCCAUCAACUCCGGGGGCUUUGGCCUCUCCGGCUUGGGCCUCUCUGGCUUGGGCGGGCGCUACUGUGGCCCUGGGGAAGGCCCCAGGGACCCAGAAGAUGGCACUGCACUGGGGACGAAGCGUUGA